AUGUCGCCUCUCCAGCUCCUCCCACUCCUCCUCCUAAUCGCCGCGGGCAACGCCAAGACGACACCGCCGUCCGUCGCCGCAGCGGCACCAGCUGCCGAGGCCGGGGACGGGCAUCAUCAUUCUCCGCUGGUGCCAGCGACGCCGCCGUGGCCAGAGCAGUACCACGCAGUGGUGAUCACGAACCAGACGGCGCGCGGUGGCCGGCUGCAGCAGAUCGACAUCUACUACGACUGGCCUCGCGGGCGCGGGCUGAACGUCAUCCGCGACCAGCUCGACUCCGGCGGCGAGCCGCUCUGGGACGUCCAAUGGGCCAACGGCACCUCCUUCCUGUUCGACUCCGCGUCCUGCACCACCUUCCAGUACCCCGUGGGCCUCCUGCCGCCCGAAUGGAAAGCCCGCGGCGGCGCCGCCUACCUGGGGCGCGACCGCGUCGACGGCUUCGACUGCCACGUCUGGUCCAACUUCGUCUUCGCCCGAUACUACGAGGACGCCGCCACCGGCCGCCCCGUCAGCUGGACCGUCGUUAAUGGUGCCGUCCACUGA